GCCAGUCCGUCGGGAGUUCCUGGUCUUUGAACAUCUGCUGAUACUUCCAGUAUUGAGAAGACGAGUAAGAGGGACAGAGGUGUACAACUUUAUUUUUUGCUCAUUCCGACGCUAAAUUUAGACUUUGUUCCGCCCUCUCAUUGACAACCACGCGGCGAUUUGGUCGCAUUCCUGAAAGGAACGAAAUAGUUGGAUUUCAUAUGUAUUAAUUGAAAGGUUCACGUAGGCAUUUAUUUUGGCUUCGUAUAUGUGUCAAAUAAUUUAAUCGCUUAGGUUAGUUCUGUCACGCACGUCUGUCGACAAAACGGUUAUAAAAUUCGUGAAAUAUAAACUUGAUAGAACAUGGACGAACAUCAAUUUCAGGAUAUCUUGCGCUUUUACGGUAGUAACACUUCGCUGUCCACGGCAAACUUAGAAAACUUUCUGUACCUUCUCACCACCCGAAGACCACCAGCAUCCGUUGAUAGUGUUGCAAAUCCACUGAGGAAUGCUGAGUGUUUGUCCGUAUCGGACCUGCUGGCUGUAUUUGGGCUGGCUAAUGUGUCUGAAGUGACUGUUGAUCAGCUAGAGCUCGUGUGUCCAGCUGUUCUCACUCAGGUCCUACUACCCUCGUGCCCAUAUAUGACUCCCCAUUCACAGACUAUUGACUCUAAAGUUUGGGGUUAUGGCUUCCUGGCUGUGACGAUAAUUAAUUUGGCCUCUCUGCUGGGGUUACUUUUGAUUCCCUUCACUAAAAAAUCUUACUUCCCAAAAGUGCUAACGUACUUCAUUGGAGUGGCCAUAGGAACCUUAUUUUCUAAUGCUGCACUGCAACUUGUACCUGAGGCUCUUGGAUUUGAUCCGAAAGCUGAUGACUAUGUAUUGAAAGCAGUUGGGAUUUUUGGAGGGUUCUAUGUCCUGUUUUUCACAGAGAGAGUUUUAAAAAUGGCUCUGAAGGUGGACUCGGAGCACUGCCACACUCACUUCCCUUCUCUGCAGAUGGCUGAUGUCUCAAUCACAAACUUCAGCAAUGACACAGUCAUUCACAACAUUUGCAAUGAUUUAAUCACCAACAGCGUCAACCAUGAUGUUAUACCAAACAUCCCAUGUGACAAACCAGUCCACCCAAGUGUGAGCCCCGUCAGUGAUCAGGAGGCUUGUGUGUUUUUGACAUGUCGCUGGCUCCGUGGAGAACGUGUAUCCAACAUAAAAACGGUGGCUUGGAUGAUCACUCUGAGUGAUGGACUGCAUAACUUCAUAGAUGGUCUGGCUAUUGGAGCCUCUUUCACACUGUCUCUGCUCACUGGUUUCAGCACCUCUAUAGCUAUUGUCUGUGAGGAGUUCCCACAUGAGCUAGGUGACUUUGUGAUUCUGUUGACCUCUGGUAUGAGUGUACCUCAGGCCGUGUUCUUUAACCUACUGUCAGCUAUUUGCUGUUAUCUGGGCUUGGUGCUUGGUAUCCUGCUGGGGAGUAACAUUGCUCCGAAUGCCAUCUUUGCCAUUGCUGGUGGAAUGUUCCUCUAUAUUUCUCUGGCUGACAUGUUUCCAGAAAUGAACAGCAUAAUGACCACAUAUGCCAAAGGUACCAGUGGGAAAGUCAUAUUCUUUGUACUCCAAAACUGUGGCCUGCUGACUGGCUUUUCUGUCAUCCUCCUCAUCACUAUGUUUGCUGGAAAUAUCAAUCUGGGAUAAUGAAAAUAUUAAAGAGAAGGGCAGCGAAUAAGAGUAUAGGCAACAGCAUUCUUCCUUCACUGCCAUGGACCAAAGGUUUGAUACUAGAAGUGGAAAGGAGACAGCACUGACUUGAAAUGUUUGGUAUUGUUUAAAAAAAACACAAUCAUGUAGCUGGGAAAGUGAAUCUUUUGUAGUACUGUAUAAGGAAAUGCAAUAUAAAUUAUGUAAAUUGUCACAGCCAUAAGUGUGUAGCCAACCUGUUUGUUUGUGUCUGAUGGAAACAAUGCCCUGCUCUAUGUGAGAGAGUGUCAGUGACAGCCUUGCACAGCCUCAGAUAUCCUCUGUUAUAUGUCACAGGCUUUAUUCUUAUUCAGAACUAGAAAUGCUACAUUUAUUCGGCAGUCUGCAGAAACCGUUCACAUGGUAAAAUUUGGAAUUUUUGGAUUUUAGGUUUCCUACAAAAUAGCACUUAGAAACAUGUUGAAUGUAAGAUAUGUCAAUCGAAAAUCAAGUUAUGACAUUUUAAAGUCAUUUAAAAAAAUGUGUUUAAAAAUCUUUAUUUCAAUACAUCAAUAUUCUAUCAGGAGGAAACAAGACACAAAACAAGAAAAUUAAAAAAAAAUGGUUAUUGUGUAUAUUAACUUUCAACAAUGAUUGACAUUGUCCCAUAUACAUUUCAUUGUUAUUCAUACAUGUAACAACAUUUUAAAAAGGUAUAAUAAAAAGUAAUAUUGUAUUUCUAUAAAAUGAAGUGCAAAUUCAGCAAAGGCUGGAACUACAUGAAUUUAUUAACAGGUAAAGUACGUCCACAGAUAUGCUGCAUGCACCUUAUUAGAGGUGCUGCUGU